CAAAUGUGGACAGCUAGAAUCAAACAAAACUACAUUGUAAAAGUAGCCAUCGUAUUCGUGGGUCAAAAGACCUGCAAACCCUUUUUAUUGAUCUCGGCAUCGCAAAGCUGACGAACCUACUUUCCGCUGACAUGGCCACCACCACACCAUCUAGUAACGAUAAGCUACAAGAUAAGGUAGCCAUCAUCACCGGUGGUGCUAGCAGCAUAGGUGAGGCCACUGUGCAUCAAUUCGCAAAGCACGGCGCACGGGCAGUAGUCAUCGCCGAUGUCCAGGAUGAAAAGGGUAGAAAACUGGCUGAAUCUAUCGGCACAGACCGUUCCACCUACAUCCACUGUGACUUAACAGAUGAGAACCAAGUCAAGUCUCUCAUUGAGACCACCAUGGAGAUGUACGGCCAACUUGAUAUCAUGUUUUGCAACGCAGGCAUCUUCAGCUCAUGCAUCCAGAAUGUGCUUGAAUUCGACAUGGCUGCCUAUGAAAAACUCUUUGCUGUAAACGUUGGUGGAGUAGCUGCAAGCCUGAAGCACGCAGCGCGGGCAAUGGUGGAGGGAGGAGUAAAGGGUAGUAUCAUUUGUACAUCGAGUAUUGCGGCGAGUACAGGGGGAGACAGGGCUGUAGAUUAUAUUAUGUUCCAGAGUGCAGUGUUAGCGUUGAUGAGGUCAGCGAGUAAGCAGCUAGGUGAGCAUGGGAUUCGAGUUAACUGUGUGUCGCCGGGGGCGGUGGCGACGCCGCUGACGUGUAAGGAUUUUGGGAUGGAAACUGAGGAGGAUGUGGAGAAGGCUUUUGAAUCUAGUUAUUGGUUGAAAGGGGUGAUGAAGGUGAAGCAUGUGACGGAUGCUGUCUUGUUUCUUGCUUGUCAGGACUCUGAGUUUAUCACUGGCCACAAUUUAGUUGUGGAUGGUGGAUUUAAAUUUUAACAGCCAAACACAAGUAUAAUUCAUGCGUUUAAUUUCUGGAACAGGUAGCAUACGGUCUUGGAUGAGAGCUCCGUCCUGAAAUUAAAUGUAACCAGUGAUUUGCAACA